GAAAGCCUUGGAGAGAUUACUCAGCCCAUGGGAACAAACGGCGCCUAAAACUUCCUUUAACAGAAAAGCAUUUCUUCUCUAUCUCUAGCUCCGUCUCUGUCUCUCUUCUUCGAAUUGUGUGUAAAACCCAGAAUUAGCAAUGGCGGAUAAGCCAAGCAGAGCGCUGGUGUUGUACGGCGAUGGAUUGGCUCAAUUCAUCGAUCCAUCCCAUACCCACAUCCACUCCCUCGCAUCCAAAGCUGCCUGCGGUUUCUUGAGCCUCCCCAAUGCCCCUCCCUCAGAAAGCGAGGAUGAGAGGAUAAUUAGGGAGUUUGCAAAUCUGCUGGAUGCAUGUGAAGCUUAUCGAGACAUGAGUGUUGAGAAGAGUGCAUUGCUGCCAACCAUUUCUCAGAGGUUCAUGGGAAUGAAGGCUGCCAUUAUCACAAAUAGUCCAUGCCUGAAAUCUUUUGGCAGCAAGCUUGGCUUUACAGUGUUCCAAUUCAGUGAUUUAAGUGGAAAUGAUGGUUCACUUUCUGGAAAAUCAGUUGAUUUUGUAACCUCUGAGUUACUAAAGUUGCUUGGAUUUCAAGAAGGGCAGACAAUAGAAACAAGCCAAUUUGAUUUUGUACUUGUGCACAUAGGGGCUGGUGAAAGAACGAAUGGUGAGAGAGGCAGUGAUAUUAUAAGCGAUGCAGAAUAUGUAAAUGCUCUGGUUGGUGGUGUCAUGAACACAGCACAACCUGGUUCAGAAAUUGGUUCCCGCCUGCACUUGUCUCUUGUGAUGAGCUAUGGGGAUAUCAGAGAGAUCAGUGCCAAUUUAUCAGUUCUGGCUUCUGAAGAUGAAAUUAUCUCUGAAUUUUCCAUGCUCAUCCCGCGACAAAGUUACACAAUGAAAGGAGAAAAACCACGGAAUGAUGUUAGGCACCACUGUCCCAUGUUAAUUGCUCAGUGGCAGCAUGCUGUGACUCGCAAGGACAUGGCAAAGACAUUUUCUUUUAAAGAUUUUAAGGAGAAUGGUGGAAAUGGCGUAAUCCCAGCUGACAGAUUUAUGCAUGAGGUUGCAUUUAAGCUUUGGAAGGCCCCAAAAUAUGGAGCAUAAUCACUGUUUCUUUGCUUUUAGAAAAGAAACGGCACUGUUUCUUUGAAGUUCAAUAAUCUGUAUGAACAUUAGAAGGCUGAGCCAUGAAAAGGGAUUACUAACAAGUGGCACUCUUUUUGAGAUGGUACGAAAAUUUGAUUUUCUCGUGUGGCGUUUUAGAACUUUCUCAUCUAUUGAAGUUAUUAACAAUCUAUUUGACCAAGAAGUUGAUAAUACUUUCUUUGUUUCUUUC